AUGGAGAUGGCGAGACAAAUCUCUGCUGCUUUUCUGUUCACUUUGCUCGCUAAUAUAGUUGUAAGGGUGGAUUCCUCCAACCACGCUAGCUUUGAAUCGGGUGAUGGCAAUUUUCGAUUGCAAUGGACAUACAACAACAACACGUUGUUUUUCAACAUGACAUGUAAAACUACAGGCUGGUGUGCAGUGGGUUUUACUACUUCCGCUGAUGGGAAACGCAUGAAGAAUUACGAUAUCGCUGUUGGUGGAGUCACCUCUAAUUAUUCCCAAUAUAUUUUUGUAAGUAUAGUAGAAAUUUAAUUUAAUUUAAGAUUGCGUUGAUUGGGUCGGGUCGGGUCGGGUAGCCUUUGGCUAUAUUUUAAGAAAGAUAGGGUUAGGGUUAUUGAGGAAGUGUUUGGAAGGCCAUUGUUUUUGGAUCCUCUGAGGUUUUCCAUUUUGUUAUCGUCAACCGAAACUGGGACGGUAGUAGUAGACGUAUUUCAUAAACUCGCUAUAUAAUCUUUUCGUUACGGCUCACUCAUCGAUCUACAAGGUUACUAGUUUUGAUUUCAGCCGUAUAAAUUAGAAAGGUUUCGUUGAGAUGUUAAUUGCUUUAUGGCGACUUUGCAGCUUCGCCGUGCCAGCAACGUUGGCAUUUUCAGUGGUUGAUAGUUUGAGAAGCCGGAGCAUAAGUUGCAACCCAGCCACAUUUAACUUCAUACCGCGAAGCUUAACUUUGACUGAUCUUAACUCGUUUCAGUUACGAAUUUGCUCUGUGUAAGUUGAAAGUGUUUCUUGCUGUUUUCCGAGGCAGAGUGAUAGAGUCUCUUGCAUGUAAAUUCGAAGUUUUUCUCUGAAUAGAAUUGGAAAGGUCGGUAAAUCAACAAACGACCAUCCUGCAAACAAAUACGUAUUUCCGGUCGUCACUUCUUUCAGAAAUACGCCUGACUUAGCAAACGACGAAACGGCUGAGACGACGAAAGGGCGAGGCGUUCGAAAGCCGGGAGGGGGCGUUCGAAACGGCUGAGCCAAAUCUGAUCGACGGAAAUAUUUGAAAAUGGGAAAAAUUAUUACCAUAGCUUGCAAAACAGGCCUUUUCUUUCGCGUUUUUUAGGAAAGCGAAGGCAAGCGCGAAGCGAGCGUGGAGGGCGAGACGCACGCGAUCGAGGAGGCGGAGAGAUCGUCUUUCUCCGCAUCCAAGUUCCACCAGAGGUAGCCGAAGCUCGAAAUAUAAGCAUCGGCGAACAUCGACUUUGUUGUACACAAGAGAGAAUCUUGUUGCAUACCAUUCGAAAUAUAAGGAUUUAUAUGGAAAAAAAACCUAGGAAAAUGAAAGGAUUUCAAUAAAAAACAGCUUACCUUACAUAAAAUAUGUUACGUCUCUCCUGUGUGGUGCGUGGGCCGAUUUAUGGCCGUUUAAUGGGUUGUACUGUAAACGGUUUUCUCUCUAUAUAAAGGUUUACCAAGCUUGGUCGCCAAAAACAAUACAGUGGAACCCCGUUAAUAUGGUCAAUGGACCAAAAAAAAGUGGCCGUAAUAACGAGGUGACCGUAUUACCAAGGUGGCCGUAAGGCGGAGUUUCUCUGUAUAACACACAGUUUGACUGAAAAAGUUCUCAAUAAAGGAACGACCAUUAAUCAUUUUACGGGGAAGUGUUUUCGUUGAGUGAUUUACAUGAUUUAGUUUGAGCGAGAUAAUUUUUCUGAGCCUAUCAUCAUUUUUUGGUUAAAAUAACUUGAUGCAUGAUUUUGUCUUCUUUCCAGGGCGGUUUCCGAGAUAUUUUUUUUUCUUGCUGAAAACAAACCAAUCCGCGCAGCUCAUAAGAUUUAUAAGAGGGUCUCAAUAGUCUUAACCGUUUGCCCAAAAAAAGCCGAAAAAUUUACUUAGAAAAAUUUAUUGUUGCAAGGACCAUUUGUACAAACAGCAGCGAAAAAUCUUUGAAUAAACGGCAGUGCUUACAGCCAGUGAUUUUACAAGUCGGUCUACAUUUUGAAGAUAUACCUGGAUAGGAGAACACUUAUUCGAAGGGGGCACUUGGUACAUAAUCUUUUUAGCUUUAAGGGGCGUAUAAAUUCCGACCGGAUUAAUGUUAAAUCUUGUUCCCUAAAACCUUCAGCAGAUACAAAAAUAAACGUAGAACUGGAGGCCACGAUAAAAGACCAACAAAUACUGAAACACAUAGGAAGGUAUUAAAAAGUGCGAUGCUUUAUUUUCAAACUCUUAACCGACAGGGGUAUCAUAGUGUUUCCACUUCAACCCCCAACAAAGAUCCAACUCCAGAUUACAAGCUCACAGCCGCCAGUGAGGAAAACGGAUAUACAAGAGUGGAGUUUAACAGAAUUGCUACAACUGAUGAAGAAGAUGAUCCGCAUGAUGUACAGUUUAGGGUAAAAAAUUAGUCUUGUCAUGAUGUUUAAAGAAGUAACGUAACGGUUUCUAUAUGAUAGAAAAUUUAUUAAUUUAAUUUUAUCCAAUUUCAUAUAUUGUUUCUAAUCCAUUUUAAGCUCAUCGACCCUUAACUACCCUUAAUCCUUUGUAUAAUUCUCUAUUGCCUCUUCGCUUUCUUUCUAUUUUUAUGACCACACUGUCAUUUCGAUGUUCCUAAUUCAACUUUAAGUUAAUUUUGGAAAUUGCAAAAUAAUUAAAGUGCUGCGUCAAUCUCGUUUUCACUGGCUUCUCCUUAGAAAUUUCUACUGGAAGCGAUGAGCGUUACGUAUGUUCAGAUUCAAGAAAAUGAGUGGACACAAAAAGUCUCAAAAAAGUUUUACAAGAUUUUCAUGGGAAAGUGUUGUGUUGCUUUCCUCCUGUGUGGUUAUUUUCCUGAUCUAAUACUAUAUACGAUUUCUUUAUGAGUGUAAAAGGGGAAAACAACUGAAGAAAUCGCUUAUAAAUCCCUUACAAAUCCUAUAUAUUUUCAACCAUGUUGACAUUAUGAUCAAAUGACUUAUGGUACACAGGUUCUCAUUCUGAGCUUGGAGUGCCUGUGUUUAGUUUUUAAGAUAGGUGUCCAGAUGUGGGCGGAUAAAAACUGCAUAGUUAAGUGGUGAAAUUGCCCGGACCUUAGCUUAUUGAUUGAUGUCCCUUUAAGAAGGUUUCCUUUAGCAAAAGCUCGCCGAGUGUACCAUAGUUAGAGCACAUUUACCUCUUUCCUACCUUUACUGCUUUAUGGAGCAUCGUAACGACAAAUAUCGCUGUUUUAGGCCAAUUCUGUGCUUAAGUUAUUGCUUAGUGCCCUUAAACCACGCCCAAAAUAAGUCAUGAAGAAGAUAUCAAACAAGCGUCAUCAGGGAUAUGGCACAAUUGCUUCAAGUUUUAAUACAUGUCCAUCCUUGUGAUCCGCAGAAACAGACAACAGAAAACAGUUUCAACAGCUAAAUAAUUAUAGCAAAACCGGACCAUUAAUUUUACUUUAAUUUGGAAUUCAAGUGAUGCGAAGACACGUUCAAGCUUUUUAAAGAUAUGGUAAAUAGCGUGACAAGACCCUUAAAUUACUUUAUUAAACUUGCAGAAAAGUACUGAGGUUUGGAUUGUGUGGGCAUGGCGAGUUGACGACGACGCGAGUUCAGAUCUUACCCCUGCUUUGGUACACAGCCAAAAUGGGGUAUCAUCUAAAAAAUACAACCUGAUAAUGGAGGCUACGUCCAACGGGCCAAGAUCUACUCCCUAUAGUUUGACCUUUGCCGGUACCUUGUUUGUUUUGAUUAUGUUUGUAACUUCCUUUUAA